AUGACGCAACUCGAUAUUCUAGAACAACGCUGUUUAAUGUUACCGGUUUUAGUGUCAGUCUCAGGCAAUAUGGAGGGGAAGACCCCGCGACAAUCGCCAGUACAAUUACCGCCCCGUACCCGUGCCGACUCCAAAUUCUCACUCGUCAGCACUGCGUCAUUGUCCCCCUCUACUGCAUCUACUAGUGGUUACUCUUUAGCGACCAAAGCUAAGACAAAAGAAUACAUGGACUCUUUACGCCCUCCCUCGCCAAAAGAGUUCGAACGAAUUGCAUUCAUUCAACAGCAGCGUGAACAAGAAACAAAGCGCAGAGAUCGUGAACGCAGGCGCUGGUCGCGCGAAGCCCAGCGUCAGCGCGAAAGAGCAGCAAGCAUGUCGACAGACAGUCAAAGUGACCAGGCGCAUGCGCAAGCUGCCCGCACUAUACAAAAGACCUUUCGGGGCUAUCGUGCAAGAAGAGAAAUGGAAGGAUAUGGCUUAGAUGCAAGCACACGAUGGGUUACGGCUGUGCGAGAAGCGCAAUUUCGGAACGCAACUAAACCGCGACCAAAGUCAGAAACCGAAGUCGACGCUCCCGACAAGCCAGAAGAGGAUGUUAUUGCGCACCAUAGAUCAGCGAAUGCUCGUGCGAAAUGGAAGAAGGCUAGUGCAAUCGCACGACGAGCUGGUCACGAUGACCUCCUCUCCGAUUCCUCCUCCUCAGAAUCCUCAGAUGAAGAAGCCUCCCCUGAAGAACGGGCCGUUGCACGAGCUCGACGUGAGAAAGACACUGCGGCUCGCAGGCACGAAGCUCGCAUGAUGGGUAUCCGAUACUUUCUCGAAAUGGUCGAUCAGAAACACCGAUAUGGAAGUAAUCUUUGCAGAUAUCAUGAGGUCUGGAAGAAAGCGGAUACACAUGAGAACUUCUUUUACUGGCUCGACUAUGGCGAGGGUCGCGAUGUUGAGGUUGAAGGCUGUCCACGAGACAGGCUCGACAGAGAGCAGGUCCGCUAUCUGUCCCGCGAGGAGCGUCAGUACUAUCUGGUUGAGGUAGACAAUGAAGGGAGGUUAUGCUGGGCAAAGAACGGAGAGCGUAUUGAUACAACGGAGCAGUUCAAGGAUAGCAUGCAUGGAGUCGUGCCUUUGGAUGAUCCCACACCGGUCUUCAGAACCGCUCAACCAGACGAUUCUCAAUAUAUGGAAUCAAUCAGCAGCUCGAGUUCUCAAUCUUCACUGGAAUCAGAACGGGAAGCAGAUUUAGCGGCCAAGUAUGCAACUCCUGGCUACGACAACAGUCAGGGUAUGCACAAGGUGUCCCAAAUUUCAGCGUCAACAAUAUUCAACAAGAUGAUGCGCAAAUCAGUCAGAAAAAAUACUUGGAUAUUUGUCGCAGACACAAAUUUUCGAAUGUAUGUUGGCAUCAAGGACUCAGGCGCUUUUCAACAUUCGUCUUUUCUCCAGGGUAGCCGAAUUUCUUCUGCUGGUCUUAUCAAGAUCAAGAAUGGCAGACUGUCAUCCCUUUCUCCGCUGAGUGGACACUACCGUCCUCCAGCAAGCAACUUCCGAGCUUUUGUUCACAGUCUUCGCCAGUCAGAAGUAGACAUGAGCCACGUCUCCAUCUCAAAGUCAUACGUGGUACUCAUCGGACUAGAAUCAUACAUCAAAACAAAACGCAAGGGUAAGGACUUGGCGCAGCGUGUGGGACACAGGAAAGACAAAAUACUAUCUCCUGAGGAGGCAGCACGGAGAGAAGAGGAUGCAAGAGACAAGAGUGAGAGCGCAGCUAAGGAAAGAGAGGUGCUCCAACGAGAAGAGGAGGAGAAGCAAGAGGGUAGACCGGUGAAGAAGGUCUUGAAGAAGCUCGGCAUCAAGCCAACAAAGGAGGAGAAGCAGGCUGCCAAGAGAGAACAGAAGGAUGAUGUUGAACAAAUGCACUCGCACUCGCACCGAAAGCGCCCAGCAAACCCAUCGAAAAAACCCAUCAAAAGUCGAGGCGCCAUCGCCAAACUGAGCCGGUGGAUUGAAAGAAACACAGCCUUGAAAACAUGCAAGGCAUCUCGACAUAUUCCAAUGGCUUCCGUCACCCGUUCCUCGCGGCGCGCUGAAGUUCCGCACCAGCAUCAUCACUCGCACCACCACCUGCCCUCCCCAGCAAGCGUAUUCACCCACGCCCAGGGCGGAGGAGUAGGAGCAGGAGGAGCGUCAGGGGCAGGGCGCAACAAGAGGGCACUCGACGCCCACGAUCGCGACUUUGAUGCGAUCAAAACCAAGAAAUCGCGUAUAACAGUCGAGAUUCCCGCAAGGGGCUCUCAGAAGCUCCGUGUCGCCGACAUCGACAACAGUGAAGCGCCACCACCCACGCGACAACCUGCUGCGACGCCCACAGUGGCGAGUGCGACGACACCAAACAUCCCUCCUACCUCGGCCGACAACGCGACAUCGAAGCCGAAGCAAGAACAGACCCUUACAAAACAUCAGAGUAAAGUUAUCAAUGGCAUAAAACACGAACUCGAUCGGCUACAGCCUCAGCCGAGCGAUACCAAUACCAAGGAACAGGGCCGGAAGCUUCGCUCCCAGGAAGCCAACAGGUUCAAGAGCGAACUUUCUGCCUAUUUCUCGGAUUACGAUGAGGUGAUUGGCAACGAGCCAAAAGAACAGCUAUUUGCUGACCUUUCCUUUUUAGAACUGUUCAAUGUCGAUACGCCAAUAGUUAUAGUCGACUCUGAUCCACGACGCGCAGUUUCAGACAACCAACGCGCUAUUCCUAACCCCGCAACUGAGUAUCCCGUACGAGGAUAUGGCGAUGCACUAUUUUAUAACGUCUUUGACUGUCAGCUAGUCGACCUGGGAUUCUUUCAAUCACGGUCUAAUAAGACAGUCGAAGAUCCUUUACCAGAUAAAUUAUUUCAGCCGAUCCAUCGUCGAGCUGAACGACUGGAAAGAUCGGUCCGCAAUGCUGAAAAAGGUCGGGCUCAGCAUGAAAAAGACCAUAUUAUCCGACUUCUCGAAGGCCUGCAAGGUCACGACUGGUUAAGAGUAAUGGGUGUGAGUGGCGUAACAGAAACAAAAAAGAAGACAUUCGAACCCGCUCGUAACCACUUUAUUAAGGGCUGCCAGGCUGUCUUGAAUAAAUACCGAAACUAUGUUUUGGAAGAGAAAAGACGCAAGAUGGAAAAAGAUCGAGCCCGAGCCGAGAAAGAGCACGAGGAAGACUCGAGUGUGGGUGAAGACGAAACCGGUGAUGAGGCGGAUGAUAGCAAUGCCAGCGACACGGCAUCGCCGGCAAAGCAGCUUCAGGAGGAAGCAAUGGCGAGAUCCAAGGCCUCCAAAGGGUCAAAGAACCGCAAGGCGACGCCUCAACCAGCUGCAGCCAGAGCUCCACGCCCUGUGAAGGCACCGCCAGCUCCAAAGCCUCCAGAACCACCCAGAGAGUUCAAGUCGUUUUUCACCAAGAGAUACGAGCGCGAUACCGCUCUAAAUAGGAACAGACGUACGGGGAGGAAGGUACUGGCAUGGGGUUUACCCAUACCUGAGAUACCCGAGGUUGAUUUUGAUUUGCCGGAGGAAUACCGUGAUGAAGAUACCCUUAAAGUCCGGGCGAGGAAGAAGCGCCGGGACCGAAGACGCAGCAAGAAGUGA